CGUCGGUUAGAACAGAGACCGACUCCCCACACUUCUAGAGUCAGAAGAACGUCUCCUUUCUGCUGUCGGACCCCCCCCGCUCUCCAUAGAGGGAUAGAGAGAUAGAGUGGUUUAAGGAAUAAAGUGAUAGACGGCGUGAUAGCGACCAUGAGGAUUCUGCCGUUACUCUCUCUGUGUGCCGUCUUGGCCUGGGCUAGCGCUGUGAACGAUUACGAUUAUUACGACGUCGGGACUCCACUGGUAUUGGGUAACAGUACAGAGGGAUCCUCAGUGGACGCCCGGGGUAACCGGCCGGUGACCAGGGGGAGGGACACUUACUCCCCCAACCGCUACGUCCCGCCUCCCAUCAGCACUGGCAGAAGGUACCGGGGCAGGCCCACCGCUGCCCCAGUGGGAGGGAAGCUGGAGGCGUUGAGGGAGCGCCCCGUGGAGGCCGGGGGGUGUACACACGCCUCUGAUCAACUGGGCGUUCUCUGUCCCACUGGCUGUGAGCUGAAGACCACCAUUUUGAAGCAAGAGACCAACAUCAAGCAGGCCGUGGCUCCCCUAAGCCGGCAGGUUGACGAGCUGUCCCGCUCCUCCAACAACAUCUACUCCUACGUGGAACGGAUGUCUAAUGCCCUCAGGGAGCGGCAGAAGGUCGUUGAUGGCAAUGGUCAGGUAGUGAGUCAGUACACGGACACCCUGGAAGAGCAACAUGCUUACAUCAAGGAGACCAUUGACACUGCCUUCCCAUCCGACAUCAGACUCCUGCAGGGAGCCCUUUUAAAGAUCAGAGAGAAAAUUCAGAAGCUGGAGAAAGCCAUACAGACCCAGCAAGUGAACUGUAGAGAACCAUGCGUCAGCAGUUGCCCUAUCCCAGUCGUCUCUGGUAAGGAGUGUGAGGACAUCUUCAGAAAGGGCGGCGUUGACUCCCAGAUGUACUUGGUCCAGUCUGGCCCUCUGAGCCCUGGAUACAAGGUCUUCUGUGACCAAACCACCAAGGACGGAGGCUGGCUCCUCAUCCAGAACAGGAUGGAUGGGAGUGUGGGCUUCGGCCGUCGCUGGGACGACUAUCGCCGUGGUUUCGGCAACGUCGCCUUUGAUGUGGGCAAGGGCCACUGCGAGACUCCAGGGGAAUACUGGCUGGGUAAUGAGCAUGUCAGCCAACUGACCAAUAUGGGCCCCACUGAGGUUCUCUUUGAGAUGGAGGACUGGUCCCAGAACAAGGUGCACGCCAUGUACAGUAAGUUCACCAUCCAAUCAGAGUCCAGUAACUACCUGAUGUCGGUGGACGGCUACUCCGGUACUGCAGGAAACACCCUAGAGCAAGGCGCCACUGAGUUGUAUGGAGAGAACAGAACCAUGACCAUCCACAAUGGCAUGAUGUUCAGCACCUUCGACCGCGACAAUGACAAAUGGAUCCCGGGUGACAGCAGUAAGCAAUGCUCUAUGGAGGACGGAGGCGGUUGGUGGUACAACCGCUGCCACUCGGCCAAUCCUAACGGCCGGUACUACAUGGGCGGGGCUUAUACCAGCAGAAUGGCCAAGCAUGGCACAGACGACGGCAUGGUGUGGAUGAACUGGAAGGGCAGCUGGUUCUCCCUGAAGACCAUGAGCAUGAAGAUCAGACCUUUCUUUCAGGGCAAAUAGAGGGUCCAACACACACACAGACAUUAGGCAAACUCUUUAACACCACCCUGACAAAAAGGCUCUGAUAUUGAUUGAGGCUCAUACGUUUUCCCACACGGUUCAUAUCAACUGCUAUAACCAUCCCAAAAAUACACCAUGUUAUUUUUUAUAAUUUAUAUUUUAUUUUCAAACUAGAAACUAGGGCCUUUUUAACUCGUGGAAUGUUUCAACAUUGAAGCAGAAUUGUUCACCUGAACGGUACAAUGAAAUGUUACAGCAGAAUGCUACAUGUUACGAUUCACCUGUGUGUGCUUGGAUGUCAGAUGUCAAUCGUUCUGCCGGGUGCGUGAUGUCAGUGUUUUCAUGUGUGAUGUUGUCAGUGUUGGGUGAGUCAAAGUACUUAUUGAUUUAAUAAAAACCCAUUCACUUCUAAA